GAAAUCUCUCUGAAGGUCAAAAAGAGAAGAGAGGCUGGGGUAGGAAGCUCUGUAUUUUCUGGCAAGCUUUAAAUUUUUCCUAUGAAAACGCUAAAUACUAAAAUAUGAUAAAAUAUAUUGCUGAGGAAAAAAAAACUCAAAUACUUAUAGUAGCAGGAAUACUUAACAUAGUUCCCAAGUGACCAGAGUCUGAUGAGUAUUUUAAACCCUGAAACCUCAGGAAUUCUAAACUAGAGUUUCACCCUCAAGAAAAGGAAGAAGAAGGUUAGAAAUGUUGUGCUUUCUCCUCAAAGUAGAUUUUCAAAGGACCAGCAAAGGCAGAAAGACAGAAUUCCUUGAAUUUUGGUGCAAAUACAGAAACUGUGUGAGAAUUUUGAAUAACAGUUUAACCCAAUCCUGGCUGCACACAUACAUGCACACAUAUAUUACAUGCAUAAAGUUCUUUAACCACAAAGAAAGGAUCAUAUAGGCAGCAGUAGGGACAUACAUAUCAAGAAGGUACUUUGACAAGUUUAAUGAUGAGGAAGAGCUCAGCAAUUAGAGUUCAUUCAGUCCAUGACUUUCUCGUUUGAGAUUUGUCCAGAAAUACUAUUUAUAUAAUCCUUUGAUAGCUUUUACAGUGCUUCAGGAACAGAGAUUCUGCCUCAGUUUACCUGAGCUAAUAAAAUCAGAAGCCCACGAAACUCAUUAAAUGGUCACAAAUGACCAGUAAAGUGCUUCUCUGGGAAAUUAAGGGGUCACCACAGAGCUGAGGCUGGCAAUUAGCAGGCAACCUUUACACUUACUCCCUUUGCUCCUGAAUAGGACAGGUGGAAGGUGAAAGGAUAAAGGUACCAUUUUCUCAGGCUAGAGUAUUCUUUGAAACCUACAGUGGCAAUGCUAGAGAUACUGAAUUAUGGAAAUAUAAUUGAGUAAUUAUCCUAAGUAGAAAAGGGGGACAAAAAGUUAGAAAUUAAAAUAAAAAGAAGACAAGGAAGCAAGAAGCUGCUAGUGGGAGAGUGUGUUUGUCCCUUUAGGUCUGUGUGUCUCUUUGCUAGAGCAGCUCUGAGCAGUGUCAGGAUGAAGAAGAAAGGCAUUCCACCCGCGGUGCACACAGUACGUAUGACUGGGAGACACAAGUAAGGCAGUUCUGUACAUUUGAGUUGCAUUCCCAGGCUCCAUGUCACAAAGCAGCAGGGAUACAACACUCUCAAGGAAAGAAGCUGCAAUGUUUUGAAGACAUUCUGCAUGCCUUGGAACAGGCAGUUCACACAGAUGCUUGAUAAAGUGUUUAUACCCUGGAAGCCUCUCAUGGUUGCUCACCACCAUUGGACUCUCAGUAAUUCCUGAGGCUGGGAUCCUGCAAUGACUUGACCAUACCUGUUGCUGUGACCGCCGCUGUAUUUCCAGUGGAGAUGAGCUGACUGGCCAGACAGGAGAUCGCAUACCGGAGCGGGAAGGCGAAGUGCACCGCUUGCCAAGGCAGCAGCUGGUGAGAAGGCGACUGGACUGCACAGUGUCAACGCACACAUGAUCGGCAAGCAACUUGCAGUGAUGCUCUUGGGGACUACUUAUGAGUUCGAACUCGGGACCCCUGGAUAUAUAGAACACCACAAGCAACUACUGAGCAACAUCCCUCAGUCUAGUCUGGUGCUCUGUGGUAAAUGAGUGAGAAAAUACCGCCCGCUAGUGGUUUAGACUGCAGCAGCCCAAGAGAUCGCCUGGCAGAGGCUGUUUCCUAUUUUUGCUUUGCUGAUGCUACUCCAGCAAUCGUACUGGGACAAGACAGUAAAAAAUGGGUGACUGGAGUUUCUUGGGGAACAUUUUAGAGCAGGUGAACGAGCAAUCUACAGUCAUCGGGCGAGUAUGGCUCACAGUGCUCUUCAUUUUCCGCAUCCUGAUCCUGGGAACAGCUGCUGAACUAGUGUGGGGAGACGAACAGUCAGACUUUGUGUGCAACACCCAGCAACCUGGUUGUGAGAAUGUCUGCUAUGAUGAGGCCUUUCCAAUCUCCCACAUCCGGCUCUGGGUCCUGCAGAUCAUUUUUGUAUCCACACCUUCCCUAGUGUACUUUGGGCAUGCAGUACACCAUGUCCGCAUGGAGGAGAAAAGAAAAGAGAGGGAAGAAGCUGAGAGGCGUCAGCAAGCUGAGGUGGAAGAAGAGAAGUUGCCCCUGGCUCCAAAUCAAAACAAAGACAACAACCCUGAUGGAGCCAAGAAGUUUCGCCUGGAGGGGACCCUCCUGAGAACCUACGUCUUCCACAUCAUUUUCAAAACUCUCUUUGAGGUAGGGUUCAUAGUAGGCCAGUACUUCUUGUAUGGCUUCCGAAUUCUCCCCCUCUACCGCUGUGGGCGGUGGCCCUGCCCCAAUCUUGUGGACUGCUUUGUCUCCAGGCCUACAGAGAAGACCAUCUUUAUUAUGUUCAUGCUGGUGGUAGCUGCUGUGUCCCUUUUCCUCAACCUGGUGGAGAUAAGUCACUUGAUCCUGAAAAGGAUUCGGAGAGCUCUGAGAAGGCCAGUGGAAGAGCAGCUGGCGGAGGUCCCAGAGAAGCCCCUCCAUGCCAUCACAGUUCCCUCCAUCCCGAAGACCAAAGGCUACAAGCUGUUGGAGGAGGAGAAGCCAGUGCCCCACUAUUUCCCUCUCACAGAAGUUGGAGUAGAGCCCAGUCCCCUUCCAUCGGCCUUCAAUGAGUUUGAGGAGAAGAUUGGGAUGGGGCCAUUGGAAGAUCUCUCCAGGGCAUUUGAUGAAAGGUUACCAUCAUAUGCACAAGCAAAGGAACCCGAAGAGGAGAAGGUAAGAGCGGAGGAGGAAGAAGAACUGGAAGAGGAGCAGCCGGCACCUCAGGAAGAGCCAGGGGUGAAGAAAGCAGAGGAGGAGGUGGUAGGAGAUGAAGUGGAAGGGCCUUCAGCACCUGCUGAACUUGCCACCGAUAUGAGACCUCUCAGCAGGCUAAGUAAAGCCAGCAGCCGGGCCAGGUCAGAUGAUUUGACUGUAUGAGGCUGCAGGAUAUGGGGAGCACAUGAAAAGGAAAAGCAGGAAAUGGAGAGGUAGAGAAUGAAUCAAAAGAUAUUUUAAAUCAAAGUGCCAAAAUGGUCAUUUGAAUAUUAUUUCCUCUUGAAAUUCUCAGCUGAAACGGUACUAUCAUGGUAAUUGUGCCCUAUUUGCCCUGUAUGUCCACUUGAAAAGGAGUGUUUUUCCUGUUUCCACAUGCCAGUUCACUCCUUACAGUAAUAUCUACAUUGUUCCUGUAACUGGUGUCUUUUAAAAACUAAAGCAGCAAUGAAACCCAAAUGUCACCAGUGUGAACGUACUUCCUCGAAGUUUUAUGUUCCAUGUUUCUCUAAGGAUGUGAGGAAGGUUUGGCUUUUGAGCCAGCUAGGGAGAAGGCUGAUAGACAACUGUAUCCAGUAUUUCUUUUUCUAUUUUCACCCAUGGCAUGUUGAGCAGAUCUUCCCUUCGUGCUGGCAUGGAAUUGCAGUUAUUUAAUUCACAAAGUGAAUUCUGUGUUUAGCAUUACCACACUAAUAUAAUCAGCACUUUUUGUCCUCUCUAUUCAGAAAACAAAGGGCAAAAAUGCGUCAGGUAUCUGCUCUUUGUCCAAAAUAUUUUUGAUCUUCAAGUGACAUUGACAGUGGGCAAGAUUAACGCUAGCUCUCUCUCCUAGGAUUUAGUAGAUGUCCAUAGAUGGAUUAUUUGUCCCAGGAGGGUCAUCCAGCCCUGUGAUUGUUUCCUAGCACUGGAAAGAAUAAACCAAGUGAUAUUUUUUACUUAUAGUCAUGUGACUUAAAGAUCUGGAACUUGAUUUACCAUAGCAAGUCUGGGAAGGCUUCUCUGAGAGGAGGAACAGCCCCAGGCUCCAGAGCAUGAUAGCAAAUAGAAGCCUUCAGGACAUCAGCUUGACAGGUGCUCAGUUCCUGGCACUCCCAGAGUUAAGGGCACUCAGCAAAUCUCAGGCGCAGAGUCCUGAAGGCACCUGUGAACCUAAACCACAGGUCUGGAUAACUGUGACUGUUUAAACCUCUAAAUAAAAAAACAGGUUUUUCCAAGGUUUGAAAAGCCUAAUAGGAUAAUAGUCUUUCCACAUCCUUUGUUUUUAAUCUGACAGUCAGGAGCCAUCCAGUGGUCCACUUUGCUAUUAAAUGCCAAAAAUGCAUUAAAUGCAUAAAACAAGGCUUUUCGAAAGAUCAUUUAGAUCUUUUGUGCCAAGAGGUCUGUACAGAAGUCUCAGAGCCUCAGCAAAGUCAUUUUGCUUAAAAAAAAAAGGCAGAAGAAUGAGCAACUAUUUUUAAAGUGUGUCUUGCACAUAUUUAAACACCUGUGGAUUUCUAAUUUUAGGGCUACAGCACCAUUGUUUGGCUAGUUACCGUGCAGCAAUGCAUUUAAAAGCUUCAAGUUAGCAGCUAUGUCCUCCUCUAAAUGAGCCAAUACCAGAAAAGUGCAGGUAUGCACUCUUAUCUGCUCUGCUUUGCAGACCUCAGACCCUACCAGCUCAGCAAAUUCCUUCUGCUGGGCUGCAGCCCAUUCCAUUGUUCCAAGGGCAGGCUCUAAUCCAGAUCAGGAAAAAAAAAAUCUUUAGCAUACGGCAUAAAACCUAUCCUGCUAUUAGCUGGAAAAGAUCCCCUGCAGUCUUCCACUGUAGCAGAGCUGACUUGAAAUCCAUUGAAGUCAAUGGGCAUCUGAGAUUGACUUCAGUAGGCUUCGGCUCAAACCCUAGGUCUGGCUGUCCUAACUAAGUUUCAGCUAGACAACCCUGAGUACAAGCAGUUCUGUCACUUAUUGAUCCAAUCUAUUUGGUGGACCUGUUUUCUAUGCCUUAUUACAUAGCUACCUGUUCUAGCACAGAGGUGGCUGGGCUUCACUGAUGAGUGAAGUAACCUGUACAUAUGUAGAAAGUUUGUAGGGUGCAUUGGGAUUCUUCGGCACCAUAGCAGUGCCACGUAUUUUUACACUAUUAAUCCUUCUGCUCCUCUUGGGCCUGUGUAUUUUCCCAAGGUUUGCAGCCUAAGCUAACAAAUAAUCUUUGUCCUCUUAACGAAAGCAAAGUUGUUAGGAGAGACAUGAAGGAAGACUGGAAUGUACCUGCUCAAUUUUGAAAGGGAAUGUGACAGGCAACAUAUGUGAAGUAUCAUGCAGAGAUAGAAUUUGGAGGCUGUCAGUUAUCCAUUCUAAUAUAGGAAUGGGAUGACAAUGAACACAAACAGAAGGUGGGAAAACAACAUAAAAAUGGACUGGGAAAACAAAACUGAGGAAAGAGAAUAUUUUUCAGCAGCAAGAGAAUCUGCUGUGGCCAAGACUCUACUAGAAUUCAAGAAAGGGCAAAGAUUUAAAUAAAUAGCAGAAUCCCCACAUUUACACUAGAUAAGAUACAUUACUUUUUAUUUUCUUCACAGAAGAGACGUAAGGAAGUUUUAAUGGGCCUAAGCACGAAAUAGCCCACUAGUUGAAGGGGAUAAGAAAUAUUUCCCUGUAGGUAAAAGGGUCUGUAAUUGUUCAGUAUCAGGUAUUUUCCAUCUUCUUCAGAGGCGUUUACCCUGCCAGCUAUUAAUACACUGGACUAAAUGAAUUGCUCCUCCACUUUAUUUACUUGUAAUUACUUGACAGGUCCUUGUACAUAUAAAGUAUUUAGUAACUAUCCAUGUUCCUGACCUCUGACAUGCAUGCCUUCAUUAGAUCAUCAGACCACUUAACAAUGACUGCUUGUUCAUCAGAGGUGUAUGUUCAGAAUAGAGCAGUCAGGCAGUUCAGUCUUUAAUCAUGAGAAAUUUCAUUCUCUUCCCCUGGAGUGCCUUAGUAAAAUACACCUUAUGCAAUUAUUUGAGGGACACUGUGUAGUUCUUUCACAGCUGCCACAGGAAAGCUCAUUUCUUCUUUCAGGUCAUGUCAGCACAAUGAAAUAGGCCAAUGUUUUCCUCCUGCAUCCAAUCAACUGCUUGCCGUUUUUGAUUUUUUCCAAGACAGUUUUCAAGUGCCCUGCCAGGUUGCUAAUGACUCUUAGCCACCAAGUACGAGCCAUUGAAUCAGGGCAGUGCUUCUUGGCAAACCAAGCAGGGGACUAAUAGUCAGGUCUUCUGGAAUGUAGCCGCAUCUCUGCAAUAAAAUCACUGUGGGACUGUCAACAUGUCACUCUUCCUUCUUGUUAAAUUGGGAAUAAUUUUCUACCUCACAAAGAUGAUGAGGCUCAAUAUAUUGUGUUCGUAAUAAAAUGGGAGAUCCUUGGAUGGAAAGCCCUAUAGAGGAGCAAAGGAUUAUUAUUUCUGGAUGUAAAGCAUGUAAAUGUGUUUUCUUUCCCCCACAGUGAGAUGAAUUUAACCAUUUAUUGGAGAAAUUGCUAGUGGUUUAACAGCCUCAGAGCUGUAGAUGUGUAUGAUUCUAAUUAACAAAUGAUUAAGCAAAACCUGGAAAUAUAUGUAAAGAGUAUGGAAAAAUAACUUCUUGGGAAGGGGAAAGUCACUGAACAAUUAGAGCCAUGCCUGGAUUGUGUAAAAGUGUGCAUACCCCUUGGCUUCCCUCUUCAAAUUGUUAACUGAUCACAUGGUGCUCUGCAAGGAGUAUAAGAUGCAAGUGUCAACCUCACCAAUGGAGGUGAGAGUAGAAGAAAAAGGUAGUGUCUUAGCUUACAAUAACAUGUGGGAGUUGCUGUUCUCUAGUGUCUAGAGCAGUGGACUUAGAAUAAUAACCUUAGAUUUAUUUCCAGCUCUGCUACUGACUUGCUGUGAUAAUCACUUUCUCAGUGCCUGUUUUCUCCACCUGUACAAUGGAUUUAAGAAUUUCCACCUACCUCACAGGGAUGUUGUGAGGCUUCAUUAAUUCUGUUUGUAAAGUAAGUAGGAAUGAUCUGAUGAAAAGCACUACUGAAAUGCAUGGCAUCCUUGUUAUUUUCUGGCAGAACUUCUAGUUUGGUUAAUAUAUGACUCCUUGACCAGAAGGGUAGUAGUUUUAAAAUGCGAACACUGCAUUGCACAGACAACAUUAACACAGAAGUGGACUUGCCUUGAAUGAAGAAGACUUUAGCCUUUCCCUGUCCUUCCUCCCACUUUAGCCUUUCCCUGCUCAUAUGAAGCAGAGGUGACACUGUUGUUACAUGCCUGCUCAUGCCCAUCCCCAGCACCCAUCUGGUGGCUGCAUCUGUCCUUGAGUGAGCCAGUUCAUGGAAAGUGAGGGAGACAAGGUGGUGGAGCUCUAUCAGUUUCAAAGACCUUGCAGGCAUCUGGGGCAGGGUUGUAUAAGGCCUGAUAUUGCUAAUCCUCAGUUUUAAACCACUUGAUGCAAACUCCAAGUACAUUUUUUGGAGUCCAUGAAUUUACAGUCAUUGAUGGUACGUAGAAAAAAACACCGUCCAUGAAUCCAAAACCACAAAUGAUCUUGUUAUACUGGGUAUUUCCACUAAGUGAUACAGAAACUAGCAAUUUCUUAGUGUUGAAACGCUACGAUAUACAGAUUUGCACUCCCAUAGAGGGGAGAGGUUUGAGGGGACUUCUGUUCUCCAGGUUUGUGUGGGUAUGAAAUCUACUUGCUGAUGGAGGAAAGUCUAGUCUCUCCUGCCACUGAGUAACUCACUGACUGAGCAAUUUUGUAUUUAAAGAGCAGCGGGUGUCACACAAUGCUGAAAAAAAGGUGGUAGUUUGCUAUUUUGUAUAGAAAGUGGCUUUUCAGUCUGACAACUGAGAGUAAUCCCAGCUGAGGUGUGGUUUUGUUUAGCAAAGACAGGCGCAUCCAUGAGAAAUAGACAAUAAGCCUGAGGCAGUUGUGAUAAAACAAUAUAUGGUGCCAGAUUUCCUGAGGGCAAGGGUCAGAUAAGCAGACCAAAAUUAGGUGAGUUGUCCAAGUACUGGAAUCAAUUUUCUUCCCAAACAGAAGAACAGUACCAUGUCUUAGGUUCUGUAUGUGCUACACCUUUUAACAUGGUUCAGGAAAGGCUUUUUGCCAACACUAAAUGUGAUUAUACAGUUGAGUAGUAACCAUGGCAAAUAAAUGUGUGUUGACUUGCCAAGAUACAGCCUGGCAUGCAGUUCUUCCCCUGCAACUAGUUUGGCAUGCUCCUAUUUGAGUAUAGCAGGCAAGGACUCACGCCUGUGUCAACAAUUCAAGCUUUUCUCCUGGAAGUUUGACGUACAAAAGGAAGUUUGAUGUACAAACGGAGACGUAACUGGGAGAUCCAGGGAAGAUGGCGCCAGACUUUACAGAGAUGCAUAGCAAAGGAUGAGAGGCAAUGAUCACACUGAGCAGCAAGGGAAAUUCUGACCAGCUGUAAGGAGAAAAAAAAAAAGUUCAUGGGAAGAGUGGUUCACAGCAAAGCAGCUGUCUAGAGGCAUGGUGGGAUCUCAGUCUUUGGAGGUCCUCAAAGCCUGACUGGGCAAAGCCCUGGAUGCCCUGGUCUGACUUUGAAAUUCACCCUGCACUGAGCUGGGCUUGGACCAGAUGGUCCCUUCCAGCCCCAACUAUACCAUGGGAGACUGAAAGCUCAGUGCAGCCACUUCAUUGUGAAAUAACUGGUGUGGAGCAUUUCUGUUUCUCUGGGGUGCUCUGGUAAAGCUUAGUUAGACUGUCUCAGCAGGAUACACCACCUAAUUAGAUGACUGGCAACUAACCAGUCAUCGCAGCACAGGACAAUACACAUACACAGUUAAUCUAUGUCUGAUAGCUAGAAAUGCUGCUUGUGCCAAGAACCAUGUGUUGUGCAAAUGGUUUAGAAAGAGCACUACAAAUUAAAAAAUUGUCAUGGUUGCUGCUAGAGGAAAUCAGAGCAAUUUAAGGGCUUAAGCCUUUACAAUUCCUAUUAAUUUUGGUGUCAAGUGUGCUUUUAAAUCUAUCUGAAAGUGCAAAGGAUUGCAUUUUAAUGUUCUGUCAAAAAAAAUCCUCUGUAUUUUAAAGCUAGCUGAUCUGUACUGAAACAGGACUGAAAAGAAACAGUGAUCACAGAGCUCCUGGUACAAUGUUUUGAGAAUGAAGACUGUGUUGGGUUUCACCUGUCCAGUCUGCUACAACCAAAGCAAACAAAUCAUUUAUUUAUUUCUCUAAGAGGGAAUGUUAUACUGCUUGGAAAAGUCACGGAGUAGGCUACCAAAACCUUCAAGUCAGCCCAGCAUAGAAUUUAUGGAGACACAGUAAAUGGACAAGUCAGCUGUGGACUCUUUUCCUAUUAUAGUGUUUCUCCAAAGUUCAGUGGAUAGUUGGAUUGAAGGGUCACCAGAUUAAUGAGAGCCAGUUACAAAGGAGCAUACAGAAAAAUACUGAAUUACAGGUGGCUGCUGAGCAGGUUUCCUGCAGGAGGGCAUCAGGAACACCCAAGUAACAGCUCAGGAUACCAGCUGAUAGCGGGCUGCAGUCAAAGGCUGAAGCUAAGAAGCCCAUGAGCCCAUCAGCUGCAUACCUGAUUGCAAAGAUUUAAUUGGCAGAAUCAGGAGCAGAACUAGCAUGAACAAGGCUUUUCUUUCAAAUCCUCCAGCCUAAGUAUAUGAAGAGUUACCCAGGCAAAGAUGUUCAGACAAGGAAACAAAUGUCAAAACAAGAAGACUGACAACAAGACUGAAAGCCAAACAAUCAAACAGACUGUGAGACUAAUCUGGUGACUCCACACAACCAAAUAUAGAAAUCUUUUCCUAGUGAACUGAGUUGUAAUGAAUAAAAGUUCCUGAUUUUCAAUCA